AUGGGCGGAGGGAAAAAAACCCGCAACUCCACCGUCGCACCUAUCUUCCGACAGAGAGGCGAGCAGGCCCGGGCGCCAUCUUCCGAACACUCACCGCCCGAUUCUGACGCGGAGAUGGGCAGCCAAUCGGCCCCGGAUCAAUCGGAGGCACCACUAACCCGGCGGGACAUGCAGGGGUUCAUCGCCGACUUCGGCAAAACAGUCGCGGACGAGCUGGACAGAAAACGGUGGGGUGAUGGGGGCGGCAGGAACACAGGGCUCACCCCAAGCACACCAACGUACAUGGUGCUGGGGUUACGUGCCACCUCAUGGGCUACACAACCACCUCACACACAGCCUGCAUCUGACAGGGUCCGGGCCUCCCAGGGUGUCCCGCGGCCUCACCCUUCCACGGGUGCGAAUCCCACCUGA